AUGGUGCAAAUUCCCGCGUGGGCCGUGAAGAUCGGCUGCUUCUACGGACUUAUAACAUGCGACACUCGUCCCGGUGUCUGGCCUGAUCAUAAGCCUCAAGUCAUUUCUUGGGAGCCUCCUCGUCCAUCUCACACGCCUACUACUACCCAUACUACUACCACGAGCAUUGUUGGUGGCUCUACUACUACCACUCUGCCCGAGGCCACUACAUCUAUUCCCUCGUUGACCACUUCUUCAUCUUUUGGCAUUGUUUCUUCUGUUGAGACUGUUUCGCCUACUAGUACCGCCACUCCAUCGACCUUUGCCACCUCCCCAUCCGUGUUUAGCUCUUCGAGCUCUGUAGACUCGAGUUCUUCGACACAGGGUUCUCCUUCGAGCUCACCGGUCAGCUCAUUUAGCUCCACUCCUGGAAGCACGUCAGUGAGCCCAGCUACUUCUCCGAGUGCCACUGCAAGUGGAAGCCCUUCCUCGAGUCCAAUUGCUUCAUCGAGCCCUCUUGGUUCUUCCACUGUAGCCUCCUCUUCCUCCCCUGGAAGUUCGGCAUCUGCUAGUUCCUCUGCUCCAGCAAGCUCUUCUGCCCCAGCAAGCUCUUCUGCCCCAGCAAGCUCUUCUGCCCCAGCAAGCUCUUCUGCCCCAGCAAGCUCUUCUGCCCCAGCAAGCUCUUCUGCUCCAGCAAGCUCUUCUGCUCCGUUGAGCUCGUCAACUCCUGCAAGCUCCACCGCAAAGCCCACUUCCACCCCCGUCAGCUCCUUAACCCCUAUUGGGUCUUCAUCAACCCCUGCAUCAAUUCCCGCUACAAGCAAGCCCAGCUCCAGCCCUGCAGCCUCGUCUUCUCCUGUAUCUUCGAGUACCCCUGUCACAUCGCCAACUAUGUCUUCCACCGCAGUCUCCAUCUCGGCGUCUGCCUCCGCUACUCCUGUUAGCCAUGCCUCCGUCGCUGCUAAUAUCCUGGUGAUUGCCAGGGACACUGCGUCCGCCGGUGUUGCCUCUUCUGGCUUGAAUUCCUAUGGUAUUCCUUUCACAACUCUGAUUGUUCCUCAAGCAGGUGUUGCUCUUCCCGCCUUGAACACCAGUACCGGAGGAAACUUCGGUGGAAUUGUUGUUGCAUCCGAAGUCAGCUAUGAUUAUGGUGCGACUGGCUACCAGAGUGCUUUGACAACCGAUCAGUGGAACCAACUGUACGCUUACCAACUUGCGUAUGGUGUUCGUAUGGUUCAGUAUGAUGUUUACCCCGGCCCCAACUACGGUGCCACCGCUGUUGGCGGUGGAUGCUGUAACACCGGUGUUGAACAAGAUAUCUCUUUCACCGAUAUUAGCGACUUCCCUACCUCCGGACUGCGAACUGGAGCUGGUGUGAGCACUGAGGGCCUGUGGCAUUACCCGGCUACUAUCAGCAACACCACCUCCACUAAGCAGAUUGCUGCCUUUGCUGCCAACUCCGUUACCUCGACCGACACCACUGCCGCAGUCAUCAAUAACUUCGACGGCCGUGAGCAGAUGGCCUUCUUCAUUGGCUUUGACACCACCUGGAGUGCGACUUCCAACUAUCUUCAACACGCUUGGAUUACUUGGAUCACUCGCGGUCUUUACGCCGGAUACCGUCGUGUGAACCUGAACACCCAAAUUGAUGAUAUGUUCCUGGAGUCCGACAUCUACUAUCCCAACGGUACUACUUUCCGCAUUCGAAAUGAGGAUAUGGAUAACAUCCGUGACUGGAUCCAGACCAUCAACGCCAAGAUGAACGCCGGCAGUACCUACUUCCCCGAAGUUGGUCACAACGGAAACGGCAACAUCGAGAACUCUUCAAACACCGAUGCUGGCUACACUAUCUGCAACAAGGGUGGAAUUGAGUAUGACUCUCCUCCUGACACCCCUCUUGAGUUUGAGAAGCCCCUGGGUACUGGUACCAACCUGUGGCCCAAGUCGCCUACAACUUAUGACUGGACCACCGCCUGCACUCAGCUGGACCCUCUCUUGCUCUGGUGGACUACUCCCGCCAACCUCAAUAGCUUCGGCUCUAUUUCUCACACCUUCACUCAUGAGGAGCAGGACAAUGCCACCUACUCAGAUAUAUUCAAGGAGAUCAGCUUCAACCAGGCUUGGCUCAAGCAGAAUGGCAUUGAUCAGUCCACCCACUUUACCGCCAACGGUAUCAUCCCCCCUGCCAUCACUGGUCUGCACAACGGUGAUGCCCUUCAGGCCUGGUGGGACAACGGUAUUAAGAACUGCGUUGGUGACAACACCCGUCCCGCUCUUCUGAACACCGAGAAUGAGAUGUGGCCCUACUUCACUGUUGUCUCCACUGAUGGCUUUGCCGGUAUGCAGGUCAACCCUCGCUGGGCAACCCGUAUCUACUACAACUGUGAUACCCCCAUCUGUACUCUGAACGAGUGGAUUGCUACCUCUGCCGGUAGCGGUACUUUCGAUGACCUGCUCGCUACCGAGAAGGCCGAUACUAUGCGUCACCUGUUGGGUCUCCACCAUGACCCUUACAUGUUCCACCAAGCCAACUUGCGCAAUGCCGAUGCUGAUCCUAUCACCAUCAACGGCGUCUCUGCCAAGUACUCCAUCUUCCAGGCUUGGGUUGAGGUUCAGGUCCAGGAGUUUGUCCGCCUUGUUGAGUGGCCUCUUGUCACUCUCAAGCACGCUGAUAUGUCCGCCCAGUUCCUGGCUCGCUACAACCGUGAUGCUUGUGGCUAUGCUCUGAGCUACACCACCAAUAGCGGAAAGAUUACCGCUGUUACUGUUACCGCCAACGGUAACACCUGCAGUGAGCCCAUUCCCGUGACCUUCCCCAGUGCCCCAUCCAACACCCAAGGCUUCACCACCGAGCAGUUGGGCAGCGACCCCACCACUGUCUGGGUGCAGCUCUCCGGUUCGCCCGUUACCUUCACUCUCUCCACCCCUAUAACUCUGUAG